GGAAUUGCACAGGGAAUUCGAACAAUGGAACCUCCUGGAGCCUCCCAAUUUCUUCAAUGUCCCUCUAGAACUUUCCUCUUCUCCAUUGCCCCGGUACUGACUGGCUUCCUAUGCACCUAUAAAUUCCCAGAAGCACCUCUCCUUUUUUCCUCAGAGUAAAUCGAACAAUCCCAUUCCAGAAGUUUCCAAGAAAGUUUUCUAGCAUUUCGCGUCCGCAACGAGACUAACCUACUCAUAAGAGUGAAAUGGAUCUCAGAAUCAUGGGUGUGGAUUCUCCACUGUUCUCCACUCUGCAUCAGAUGAUGGACCUGACCGAAGACACCGACAAGUCUUCCUUCAACGCUCCUACCCGUACCUACGUGCGCGACGCCAAGGCCAUGGCUGCCACUCCCGCCGAUGUCAAGGAGUAUCCAACUUCCUACGUCUUCAUCAUCGACAUGCCCGGGCUCAAGUCUGGGGACAUCAAGGUCCAGGUAGAGGAUGACAAUGUGCUGGUGAUUAGCGGCGAGAGGAAACGAGAUGAGGAGAAAGAGGGGCCAAAGUACGUUAGGAUGGAGAGGAGGAUCGGGAAAUUUAUGAGGAAGUUUGUGCUGCCUGAGAAUGCCAACACAGAUGCUAUCUCCGCGGUUUGCCAGGACGGCGUGCUGACUGUGACUGUGGAGAAGCUUCCGCCUCCAGAACCCAAGAAGCCCAAGACAAUUGAGGUUAAGAUUGCAUAAGCUUGCAGUAGUCGGUGGGAUGGGCGACAAGAUUAGGCUAUGACUGUGUUGUGGAUUUGGUCGGAUCAUGGGAAUAGUCGAGUAUUUUGUGUCUUUCGUGUGUUCUGUCUUUGCUUGCAAGUGGAUUUUGUCUGUGUCAUAUGUAGGAUUUCAAGUUAUUAUGCCUACGGUUUGAUGGUAGAAAACAGUUCUUACAAAUGAUGCAUGUGCUAUUAUGAUAUAAACAGCAUUUUUAUCUUCUGGAUGUUUCAAUUUU